AUGGUCACGAGAAAUGUCCACCCUGAGGCGCACUGGAGGCAUUUCUUCGUGUCGCUGCUGGGUGUGCCGGAAACGCCCACCCCGGACCAGGUCCUUCGACACGUAGACCGCCUCUCGUCGUCGGCGUCGGGCUCGGCGAUGUGGGCGCCGCUGCUGUUGCUGGCGGAAAAUUUGGAGAAGGAGGUCUGGAAGGACCUGGCUGAGAAGCUGAAGCUACGACGCUGCAUCCCGCUGCUGCGGGAGCGUUUGGGAACACCCAAAGACGGUGUUUUCGUCGACGACGGCGUCUUGCCGUCGCCGCUGCUUCUGCGGCUGCGCGACGCCGACGUGAACCUGGCGGAGACGCCGCCCACGGCGGCAGUGCGGCAGCAUUGGCCUCUCCUUUGUCGAGCCCUGGGUUUGCCCAUGCUGUCGUCAGUCUGUCAGGUUUCAGUUCAGCACGCAGGGACUGCCAAGUGCAGCGCCUUGGGACGUGCUGUGUCUGAGAUGCUGGUCCCUGCGCAGCGCUACUUGCUGGCGCGACACCCGAAGGUGUACCAUCGACCUGAGGCGUCGCAUGUAGCCGCGUGGUUGGAGAAACUUCAAGUGGUCGAAGUGGCUGCUCCACUGCAGCUGCAGUGCCGCCUCCCGGACUUCGUCACGGAGCUGGAGGCGGAUUCGUACCUCGAAGGGUGCAGCAGCUGCAGUGACACAAACCCGUCGGUCCGUUUGUUGCUGGUUCCUGGCGCAUCCUUGGCGUCAAUCUGCGUGGAAUUGGCACGGCUGUUGGUGCCUAAUGCACAGGAAGAUGCCGCACACGCCAGAGAGGCAUUGACCACCUUCCUAGCCUCGGUGAGCGCGGGGGCGGCGGAGGAGGUCUGCGCCGCGCUGCAGGUGCCGCCCUUGGAGGCUGAUGUGACUCCAUGGCCCAUGCCAAAGGAGGUGGCAGACCAACUGGCGGCCGAACAGCGACUGUUGGAGGCGGCUGAGGCCGAAGCCAAACCUGGCCCAUCGGAGGUGCCGGAGGAGGAAGAGGCACCUGGGUCGAUCAACUGCUGA